UGAAUAAUUAUCAUAAUUAAAGUAGCAGAAUAUUUAGGCAGCGGAGAUUCAUUUACAUCUCCGGACCGCGUCGGCUUUAGGGCACUUUCGGCGAAAAUCAUUUCAAAGGGAAAACCACCAGGGAAGGGGCCCGCAGAAAGAAAGCAUAACCCGUUUUCAGGGGGUGCCCCGACCACAUCCAUGAUCCAACCCAUUCAUUCAUUCUCCAUUUCCCAGACAAGGCUUUCUCCCUCUCUCUAGUCUAUAUAUGCACAAAAUCGCCUAGCCCUCUUGUUCUUCUUCUCGCUCUUCGUCUUCGCCUCGCAAUCUAACCCCUACGCUCGAUCGCCAAUCCAGAGGAGGAUCUGAUCUGCUCUCUCGGGUUUCGCCAUGGCUUCGAAGCGGAUCUUGAAAGAGCUUAAGGAUCUCCAGAAGGAUCCUCCCACGUCCUGCAGCGCCGGACCUGUUGCCGAAGACAUGUUUCACUGGCAAGCUACAAUUAUGGGUCCCCCAGACAGCCCUUAUGCAGGGGGUGUUUUUCUAGUCACUAUCCAUUUUCCUCCAGAUUAUCCAUUUAAGCCACCGAAGGUGGCUUUCAGGACAAAGGUUUUCCACCCAAAUAUUAACAGCAAUGGGAGCAUUUGUCUUGACAUCUUGAAGGAGCAGUGGAGCCCUGCCCUUACCAUUUCUAAGGUGUUGCUUUCAAUUUGUUCACUGUUGACGGACCCAAACCCAGAUGAUCCCCUUGUGCCAGAGAUUGCUCAUAUGUACAAAACUGAUAGAAGCAAGUACGAGACAACCGCGAGGAGCUGGACUCAAAAGUAUGCCAUGGGCUAAAAGUGCUAUUGGUAUGUGUGAGCGAAGGUUCUGCAUUUGUCAAAAAUACUUUGCUUGUUUGCUCCUAUGUAAUAUUGAAGUUCGUUCUGUCAAAAAAACAAAAGCAUGACGUUCAAAACAUGGCGUCUGUUAAAAAGCGGGAAAGUAACACAACAUUAUUCUUCCUUUUUUUUUUUUUUUAAAUCCUUUUAAAUUACAUGUACGUUAAAUUUGAUCUUUGGAAUUAUGGGAACUGCAAAUAUGGUGCUAAAAACAUUUCAGAA